AUGAACGGAUUUGCGCGUGAUGGCCUUGACGAGGCCAACUUUGGAGCGCCUGAUGGCAUUGCAACCAAACUAAAGACAUUUGAUGCCUUUCCAAAGACGAAGCCCUCAUAUACCUCCACCAGCCGUGGUGGCGGGCUGUGGACAAUUUUUGUAGCUAUCAUCUGCACCAUCCUCUCCUGCUCCGAGCUCAUAACGUGGUAUCGCGGCCAUGAAAAUCAUCACUUCAGUGUUGAAAGAGGGGUAUCACAGGAGAUGCAACUCAACAUCGACACUGUCGUCGCUAUGCCCUGCGAUGAUGUCCGAAUAAACAUCCAAGAUGCGGCUGGUGACCAUAUUUUGGCUGGAGAUUUAUUAACGCAAGAGCCCACUAGCUGGGGCGCUUGGAACAGGGAAAUGAAUCAACGGCGUAGUGGAGGAAGCCCUGAGUAUCAGACGCUGAACAAGGAGGAUUCUCUCCGGUUGGAAGAACAGGAAGAGGAUCUCCAUGUCGAACACGUCUUGGGCGAAGUAAGGAGAAGCCGAAAAAAGAAGUUCCCAAAGUCCCCCAAGCUGAAAAAAUCCGAUGCAGUGGACUCAUGCAGGGUGUUUGGAAGUUUAGAGGGCAAUAAAGUGCAAGGAAACUUACAUAUCACGGCUCGAGGCUUUGGAUAUUUUGAAUGGGGAAGGGCUACUAACCCUCACAGUAUGUCACUCUUACAGCCUAUUAUAACCUGCAUUCACGGAGAUGCCAAAAACCUAACCGAUCAGCUAACUAAAUUGUUUCCAGGCCUAAAUUUUACCCACCUCAUCACCGAGCUCUCAUUCGGCCCCCAUUAUGGCCGUCUUCUCAAUCCACUUGAUAAGACGGUUUCCUCAACAUCCAUAAAUUUCUAUAAAUACCAAUAUCACCUCUCGGUUGUUCCAACAAUAUAUACAAAGUCCGGCCACAUUGAUCCUAAUCGUCGGUCUCUUCCAGACACGAGCACUAUAACGGCAAAGGAUUCCAAAACGACCGUUUCAACAAACCAAUAUGCGGUAACCUCAUACUCCCAGCCGAUACAACCUCGCAUCGACGCUACUCCAGGUAUAUUUUUCAAAUAUAAUAUCGAGCCAAUUCUCCUAAUUGUUAGCCAAGAGCGGGACAGCCUAUUAGCCCUAAUGGUCAGACUAGUCAAUGUCGUAUCUGGUGUGCUCGUUACCGGUGGCUGGCUGUUUCAAAUCGGGUCCUGGGCCAUGGAAACCAUGAGGAAGAGAAGAAGACUCACAUCAGAUGGCUUAUUAACAGGGAAACACGCAACAGAUUAG